CGCAGGAUGCUUUCCGGAUUGGAGACUGCCUUCCGAAUGCCGCUUUCUCAUUGGUCGGUUGGAGGCGCCGUUGAAGUUUGAAAUCCUGAGGCGGUUGUGGUGGAGUGGGUUGCGCUGCGGGUUUGGUCUUUGCCGGCAGAAUGAGUCUGCAGAUCUUAAAUGCAGAAAAUGGAGAAAACGUCAGUGAUGAUCUAACAGCGGAAGACUGUGGCUUUUACUUUGCACAAUCGGAAGCUACAGGGAGACCUUCUAUUCUGCGCCUGUCCCAGAAAGAAAAUUUGCCACCAAAAAGUGUGGCGAGAGCUAUGAAGGUAACCUUUCAAACUCCUCUAAGAGAUCCUCAGUCUCGAAAAAUAUUAAGUCCCACCAUGACAGACAAACUUGAGUCUACUUUCACACUUGAUGAUUGCAGUGAAGCCUUGCAGGAUGAUCUCUCUGUGCCCAUCAGCACUGUCAGCAUAAGUCAACAGAAGACUGAAGCUGAAGCAAGUGAUACGGAGAUAAAUAAACAAAUGCCAGAGAAAGUCAGCGCUGCUCCUUACCCAGAUGAUGAGAUGCCAGUGAAGAGCCGAGGUUCCUACAGUCUUGAUUUUGAUAACUUAAAUGACAUCAAUCCCUUUCAGAGUUCAAUGCAGCUGCAGAAUUCUCCUGCAAACCUGCAAAAGUCUCCUGUAAGGGUAUCUAGCAGCCCUGAAAAAACUAAUGAGAAAAGUAGCAAUUCUCUUCCGCUGGAUAAUACAGCUUCUCCUUCAACAACUACAAGUACGCAGUAUCCCAGUAAACAGGAUAAUACUUCUUCCUCUGGAAAAAAAUCUGUUCUGCUAGAGUCCAAUAAACCUGAUCUGUUCCCAAAGCACACUAUUGGUGACUCUCUGCAGGAGUCUCCUUCCACAGAAGUAAGCCAAAUCAAUAAGUCUGGCAAUUUGGAUCUUAUUAGUUCUGAUGUGACUUGUUCCUCUAAAACUGGGGAAUCGAAACUUCAAACUGUUCCAGUACCAGAAAAAGCUUCAACGGAAGAGUUGAAGCCUUUAGAAGAGCCUGCCAUCUCCAAAGGGGAACCUGCAGAAAAGCCUGGUGUCACCAAGGCUGGACCAGUAAAACUGGAAUUUGACUUUGAUAACACCAGUGUUAGAAAACCACCUCCUAAGAAACUAGGUAAAAGACUUGGAAUUAAACCACCUUCCAAAAAAACUUUUAAUACCAAACUGAAAACAGAGAAUAGUGAAGUGGAAAAUAAAAGUAAUGUGGAAGACGAAGCUCCUGUUCCUAGGGCAUCCUAUAAGUUUGACUGGGACAAACUUGAUGAUCCAAACUUUAAUCCUUUUGGAGGAGGUUCUAAAGUUUCCACCUCACCCAAGUGUUCUGAGCCCAGCUCUCAGAAAGUUCCCCAGCAGGAAGAGCAGGAUAGUGCCUCACCAAGAAGAGAGCAUCUUCCAGUGGAACGGGAUAACAGACCAAAUAGCUGUGAAAUUCUUGAGAGAAAAGAACCAAGAAGUCCGUAAGUAAUUCUGUGUAACUGAAUGUAAAGG